AUGAAAGGUGGGCUUCUGACACGGCGUGACUUCUUUAAAGACGGUCGUUACAAUACAGAUAUUCUUCAAGAACAUUUCCAACAUGGUGGGUUGAUAGAAAAAGAAACUGUUAUAACAAUAAUUGAUGAAGCAAAGAUGCUACUAAUAAAAGAACCAAACAUGGUUGAAGUCGAAGAGAAUGCUCUUAUAUUUGGCGAUAUCCAUGGCAAUUAUUUCAACUUUUUAAAUAUUUUGAAUGAUGCACAAUGGGUAAAUUUGUCACAUGUAAAGGUGUUUCUUGGUGAUUAUGUUGACAGAGGAAAGUACUCGACGGAAACAAUGAUCACUUUGUUGUGUCUUAAAAUCAAUUCACCAGAAGGUGUUAUUUUACUACGAGGAAACCACGAGUCUGCUGCAAUGACACACAUUUUUGGGUUUGAAAGAGAGUGCACGUGGAAAUACGACAGUGGGGUCUACAACAAAUUUAUCGAACUUUUCAGAACAUUACCACUUUGUGUCUAUUUGAGUCUCCCUCUUGGAAAUUUCUUCUUGUGUCAUGGAGGCCUGUCGCCGUCACUUCACUCGGUGAACCAAAUCAAAUUGAUUGAUAGAUUUAGAGAAAUUCCAGAGAUUGGUGUGUUCAGUGAUAUGUUAUGGAGUGACCCGUUAAUGUAUGAGACCUAUGACGAGAAGUAUGAGAAUGGUGAAAUAAAUGAUGAUUGGUUCGAUGUGACGUACUUACACAAUGACAGUAGAGACUGCUCUUACUUCUAUGGAUAUGAGGCCAUCGUCACUUUUCUUGAAAACAACGACUUGCGAGCACUAAUAAGAGCACACGAGUGUGUAGAUGGUGUUCAACAAUACGACUUUGAAAGUGAUGACCACAUUCCAAUUAUGUUUACUGUAUUUUCAUCUGCUGGAUAUAAUGGAACCAACAGAGGAGGUUCUAUUUUUAUGGGAGAUGAUGGGAUGAAGGUGAAGUUGUACGGGUACACCGACCCUGUUUUCAAAGACCCAUUCUAUUUCGAUACAUUCAAUUACUCUCUUCAAGCGUUCUUUGAUCAGUUCCAGGGUAUCUGUGGACAAAUGAUGUUGUAUAUGUUCGAUGUCCAAGAAGAAGAUAAAGAAGAGGACAUUACAAAGACGUUAGAACAAUUGGACUCGAGUCUGUCUAACACACUUCAUCCAUUUACAAUCGAAUCUUUUGAAAAAGAUAAGGAGACAAAAGAGAGUGUUAAUGAUACCAGUGAAAAUAAAGUCAUAAUUGAAAAGAAGUAUAUACCUGACAAAUGCGAACAGAAGGUCGAACAGAAAGUAAAGCUUCCUGAACCAAAGUUUGUCAAGAAGUCGGAGGAAACUCCACUACAAAAUCAAAUAGAAGCACUUCAAAAGAGGCAAAAUAAUAGAAAAGUCGUUGUGACCAAUUCUUGUGUAAAUGCACCACUGAUUAAUACAAAUAAGAAUAUACAACCAUCAAGCAGAAUAGAUAUGGUCAAUAAAACUUCUUCAUUGGCAUCGUCCCAAGAAAAUGAUAUAUCAUCACUACCUUCAACUAAUAUCAUCCUCGGCAACACAGAAAGAAAAUUGUUUAUGUCACUCACGGGAUUCGAAAAGAAGAAGUCUGGAUUUAAAAAUAGACUCAACAAGUUCUACGAGUCAGCACCACCAACUCUGGCACAACUCAGAGAGUACUGGAAUAAGUCUUUGAAAGAAUCACAAUCUUCAAAAGAAACACCAAUGGACUCAUCUAAAAAUUCACUGAAUUCUUCAGAGUCUGAUCUCAUCUCCAAGCACUUAGUUUUUAAUUUCGAUAAUUGA